AUGUCUAACCCUCCUCAAGACUACCAGGAACCAUUGGAAAACGACGCCCCAGAAGAAGAGUUCAUUUCGAACCAGGAAGUGGAUGAAGAACUCUUGGUCGACGAUGGCAACGAUGUUCCUGUCGAGGACGAUGAGAAUGAUGAGUAUGGUAACGAUCAAAUAGAUGAACAGAUGGGAGAAGAGGAGGAAACACUCGAAAUCGAUAUGUCCAACAAUUCUAUGGCGUAUUUCGACAAACACACCGAUUCUGUCUUUUCGAUUUUCACACAUCCAACACUGCCAUUGGUGUGUACCGGCGGUGGCGAUAAUACGGCGUUUUUGUGGACUUCGCAUUCGCAGCCUCCAAAAUUUGCCGGUUCUAUAGCUCAUUCUGAGUCUGUAAUUGGCGGUGGAUUUACAUCAGAUGGCCAAUUUUUGGUUACUGGUGACAUGAACGGUCAGGUUUUGGUACACAAAUCUGCUAAUGGCGGUGCUAAAUGGAAAGAAAGUGCCAGACUCCAGGAAGUAGAAGAGGUGGUGUGGAUUAAGGUCCAUCCAACCGUUCCCGGCGUUUUUGCCUUUGGUUCCACAGAUGGCUCCGUUUGGUGCUACCAGAUAGACUCUCAGACUGGCGAACUGGAACAAAUCAUGAGUCAGUUUGUCCACCAGUCGGAUUGCACAAUGGGAGAAUUUAUAAACAUUGAGCAAGGUGACUCGAAUUUGUCGCUGGUAACGUGCUCAAUCGACGGUACAAUUAUCGGUUGGUCUUGUUACACAGGUCAAAUGCAGUUUAAAGUUUCGAAAGCCGAGAUCAAGGGUAUUGAGGCUCCUUGGGUCUCUCUUUCCAUUGCUCCUUUGUCAAUGACGAAAAACACCCCUGUUAUCGCAUGCGGGGCCAAUAACGGUGUUCUGGCAAUUAUCAACUGCAACAAUGGUGCCGUUUUACAACUAAGCACUGUCAUCGAGCUCAAAGAAGAUCAAGAAGAGAUGGAUGCGUCGAUAGAAUCCAUCGCAUGGUCUCCAAAACUUUCCCUUAUGGCCAUUGGUCUAGUUUGUGGCGAGGUUUUGCUUUACGACACACUUACUUGGAGAGUAAGGCAUACAUUUAUACUGCCAGAUUCUGCAACUAAACUUCAAUUUGAUGAGGCAACCGGCUUCACAUUGAUAGUGGCAAGCAUAGACGGGAAAGUUUACAUAUUCGAUGCCAGAACAGGGUCGGAAAUUCAUAAGUGCGUUGGUCACAACAUGGGCGUUUUGGAUUUCGCAUUGAUCGAAAAUGGCAAAAAGCUGAUAACAGCAGGCGAUGAAGGUGUGUCAUUGAUAUUUCAACUGCCAUAA